AUGAGGCUUACAUUGAAAGGUCAAGAUCAGUUAUUGAAUAGACUAUUGGAAACCUUUACGACAAUAGAUCUGUCUUCCAAUAGAUUCUCUGGAAUUAUUCCACCUUCCAUAGGAAAACUUAAGAUUCUCAGAUACUUGAACUUGUCCCGCAAUAGCCUCACAGGACAUAUACCUUCAUCUAUUGGAAACAUGGGAGAACUCAAAUCGUUGGACUUGUCAAUGAACAAAUUGGAUGGGGAAAUUCCAAGUGAAUUGUCGAGGUUGAUAUUUCUUGCGAAAUUAAACCUUUCAGUGAACAAUUUUGUUGGGCAAAUACCACGAUCUAAUCAAUUCUUCACAUUUGAUAAUGAUUCAUACAUGGGAAACAUGGGAUUGUGUGGACUUCCGUUGACAAGAAAAUGCACAGAGGAUGAUGGGAAAUCGACGCAGCUUGGAGAAGAAGAAGAAGAUGAUGAAUAUGAAUUCAUAGAUGGAUUUGGUUGGAGAAGUGUGGUGAUGGGGUAUGGAUGUGGAUUUAUGGUUGGUAUUGGAAUUGGAUUGGAUAUCAAUAUAAGACGAGGAAGAGACGCAAUAGAGCUGUAG